AUGGCGGAUGAGAUUCCUAAGUUGUUGGGGCGUGUUAAAUUUGAGUCUUUCCUCACUAAUGAAGCACAACAUGGGAAAAUUUGGUUAUUUUGGAAGUCUGCUGUUGCUGUCCAGUGUUUGGCUGUGUCAAAUCAAUUUGUGUCAGUUAAAGUAGAAGAGAAUGGGCACAUUUAUGUUCUUACCAUUGUGUACGCUAAGUGCACUCAAGUAGAGCGGAAGAUGUUAUGGGAGGACCUGGAAGUCUCUAGGUGUGGUAAUCUUCCUUGGCUUAUAUGCGGAAAUUUCAACAUUAUAAAAAAUGACUCGGAAAGAAGAGGCGGUCAUCCUCGUCCUUUUGCAGCUAUGGAAGAUUUCAAUUUGUGCAUUCAUAACAACGGUUGGUUGGACAUGCGCUCUAAAGGCCCAAGCAUGACUUGGUGUAAUGGUCGCGGCGGUUUGGCUCGUAGUUGGGCAAGGUUAGAUAGAUGUUUCAUUGAUUCUAACUUUCUUCAAUAUUUUCCUAAUGUGUUUUUUCAGGUCUUGGCUCGUACUACUUCAGAUCACUCUCCGCUGGUAAUUCAAAUGGGUGAGGAUCCUUUUAAGUAUGGUCCUUGUCCUUUUCGGUUUCAGUUUAUGUGGACUGAUUAUAGUGAUUUUCUUAGCCUUGUGGAGAGAGUGUGGAGAUCAGAGGGGUAUAGUCAUGGCCUUGUGAAUCUUUCUAUUAAAUUGAAAAGGGUCAAGAUUGCUCUAAGGGAAUGGAACAGGAAUGUGUUUGGAAGGACUGAGGUUAUCAUUAACCAAUUAGAGAACCGUAUUGAUACUUUGGAAGUUCAGCUUCAAACUUGUUUUAAUCAAAAGGAUGAAAAUGCUCUUUUGAGAACUAAAAUGGACCUGUCUAUUUGGCUUGAUAGAGAAGAUACUCGUCUUGCUCAUUUGGCUAAAAAAAGUUGGUUGAAAGAUAGGGAUCAAAAUUCUAAAUUUUACCAUGCUUAUCUUAAUGCUAAAAAUCAUACGAAGAUUAAGGAGAUGCGUUUGGUUGAUGGUACUUCUUUAAAUUCCCCUUCUGACAUUCAUAAAGCUGCUGUGGAUUAUUUUAAUAAUUUCUUAGGGAUGGGGACUCAUCGUGAUAUGCCCAAUCUUAGUGAGUUAUUAGAUCCUGUGAUUACUAUUGAUGAGAACAGGGUUUUUCUCUCCAAGAAAUUAAGGACGCUCUCUUCAGUAUUCCUAUUGACAGUAGUCCAGGUCCAGAUGGUUUUGGCUCAGGUGGAUAAACCUUCUGGGUUUGAUAAAUUCUGGCCUAUUAGUCUCUGCUCCGUGACCUAUAAGAUUUGUGCUAAAAUUAUUGUAAGCCGUCUUACGGAUUUACUUAAGAAGAUGAUCUCUCAGGAGCAAGGGGCGUUCAUCCCUGGGCGUAGUAUUUUUGAGAACAUUAGUCUUACUCAAGAGAUGGUUCAUUCUAUUCAUAGACAUACUAAUGGAGGGAAUGUUUUGAUUAAACUUGAUAUGUCUAAGGCUUACGACCGUGUUGAUUGGAAUUUUAUUUUACAUGUCUUGGAUGCCUUUGGUUUCUCUUCUGAGUUUUGUAUGUUGAUUAAGGCUUGCAUUACCACUCCUUGGUAUUCUGUUAUGAUGAAUGGCACUUCCUUGGGCUUCUUUAAAGGGGAGCGUGGAUUGAGACAAGGUGACCCGCUAUCUCCCUAUUUAUUUAUCAUUAUGCAAGAGGUAUUAUCUCGCCUUCUUAAGGUUUCUUUUGGGAAUGGUAAAAUUGGGCAUUUUAGUCAGGCUCGUGGUACCCCCCUUAUUUCUCAUCUUAUGUAUGCGGAUGACAUUGUCAUUUUUAGUAAUGGUGGUAAGAAUUCCAUGAGGAGUUUGAUGGAGGUUUUGCAUAUUUAUGAAUCUUGGUCGGGGCAAGUCCUUAGUAGAGAAAAAAGUAAUAUUUUUUUCUCUAAAAGAAUCUCUCUUAAUAGAAAAUCUUCUAUUCUUCGUAUCACUGGUUUUUCUGAAGGCUCUUUUCCUUUCAAAUAUUUGGGGGUUCCAGUUGUGGAUGGUAGGCUGAAAGUUAGUGAUUUUGGUGAUUUGCUUGGUAAGAUAAAAAGGAAGAUUGCGGGUUGGAAGAUGAAAAUGCUUUCUGUAGGUGGUCGUACUAUUUUGCUUCGACAUGUUUUAUCGAGUAUGGCUACCCAUCUUUUAGCUGUUUUACAUGUUCCUAAAACUGUGCUUAAUGUUUUGAACAGGCUCCUGAGUUCUUUCUUUUGGGGUGAUUCUGAUGGCAAAGGUAAAAGAAAAUGGAUUGCUUGGCAUAAUAUUUGUAGGCCUAUUGAGGAAAGUGGCUUGGGGAUACGAGAUUUUGGUGAUAUUCAAAAAGCCUUACAUAUGAAACUGGCCUGGCGUCUGGUUACGGGACAUUCUUUAUGGGCGGAUUUCUUUAGAGGCAAGUAUGUUAGAGGUAAUCAUCUCUCUCUUUUGGAGCCUAAUAAGGGUACUCGGCUUUGGAAAUCUAUUGUUAGAAGUAUUCCUGAUGUUUUAAACAACUCUAAAUGGCUUGUUAGAGACGGUAAUAUUUCUUUUUGGCAUGAUAAUUGGGUUGAAGGUGGCCCUCUUAGCAAUCUUUAUCCAGUUUUUGAACAGCCUUUGUUGAAAAUUAAGGAUUGUCGCCUUGACAAUGGUUGGGAUGUUCCUCUCAUGGAGCGGCUUGUGGGUUCACAAAAAGCUGCUGACUUGUGUAAUUUUUUGGCUAGGAGGAAAGAGGGUCAGGAUGUUCUAAUCUGGUUAAAUGACAAGGCCGGUAAUUUUACUACAAAAAGUGCUUGGGAUUGUAUCCGUGUUAGGGCGUCUCCUUUAGAUUGGGCUGAUUGGAUUUGGCAUAAAAAUCUACCAAAGAAAGUUUCUAUUAUGAUGUGGAAGGCCCAUCACAAUUGUUUGAGCGUUGAUGCGAAGAUUAAGAAUGUCGGCGUUCCUCUAGCGUCGAAAUGUCAUUGUUGUUCUAGGGGUCGUAUGGAGGAUUUGAAUCAUGUUCUUUGUACUGGUGAGGUUGCUCGUCAGGUUUGGCGUAUGGCCGCAAUUCAGUUAGGUGUGCACAUGGGUGUUUUCCAGACUUGGCAUGAACAAGUUAACUUUUGGUUCCGUCGUGCGAAAAAGUCUUCUCAAGUUAGAAUCAUUUUUGGGAUUCUUCCUUCCAUUGUUUCGUGGAAACUUUGGGAAUGGCGUUGUAAAGCCCGGUAUGAUGGUAAAGUUUCUAAAGUUGAGGUGGUUUGGCAAGCUAUUACAUUUUGGCUUCGUAGGAUUAUGCAUUUGUUUAUGAGAGUUUCUAAUAUCUCAACGCAUGAUAUUGCUAUUUUAAACAGACUUGAGAUCCCGAUCUUAGCCCCUAAACCUAAGAAAGUGCGUGUGGUGCGUUGGUCUCGGCCUCUUUAUGAUUGGGUUAAGCUUAAUACGGAUGGUAGUAGCUUAGGUAACUCGGGGUUGGCUGGUGCUGGGGGUGUUAUUCAUGAUCACUGUGGUAAGCUUUGUAUGGCUUAUUCUGUUUCUUUAGGCCAAGGUUCUAAUAACUUUGCUGAGCUACAUGGGGUGUUGGAAGGCAUUCGUAGGUGCUAUCAUCUUGGGUAUUUACAUGUUGAGAUUGAGACGGAUUCUCAAUUGAUUGUCAAUUGGAUUACUAAUGGGAAUUGUAAUGUUUGGUAUUUAGAGGAUUUCUGGGAGGAAUUACAAGAGUAUCUUAGGGGCAUGGAUUUUUGCAUUCGCCAUAUCUUUCGGGAAGGAAAUGCUGCAGCGGAUUUUAUUGCUAAGAGAGGAGCUGGGGGUUUAAAUAGAAACUGGAUUGAAGAUAGAGAUAUGCCUGAUCAACUCAGAGGGCUUCUUCGGAUGGACAGACUCGGGCUUCCCUAUCUUCACACUUCGUAG